UGUCCAUUACGUUUUUGUACAACUUCACUUAAAAAUUUAAGACAAGAGUAUGUGGUCUAUGACUGGGAAUUAGAUAAUAAAAAAUAUAAUUUAAUUACUGAUUGUUUCUUCUAGCGUUUAUGGCCCAAACCAUCGUCCAUUUAUCUACUUUGAAGUAAUCGAUAUGGGUGGUGGUUCUAUUAGAAAUUGGGAUUAUUCUUGGAUGGGCCGUGUGUCAGAAUUUCAAUAUGGAAAAUUUUUAAGUGAAGUUGUACAAAAACGUAAUGGACAAAAAAUGAAAUAUCUAAGCACAUUUGGACAACAAUGGGGUAUGUCAUCCGAUCGUGAUGCACAAAUUAUGUUGGAUAAUCAUGAUAAUCAACGUGGACAUGGUGGUAUAUUAACAUUUUUUGAGUUUAGAGAAUAUAAAAUAGCAACAGCCUUCAUGUUAGCUUGGCCAUACGGUAAGACAACAGGGCUAGGAUUUUAAUUAUAACAUGUCUCGCUUUGUAUUUGUGUCUUUCCAGGCUACCCAAUAAUAAUGUCAAGUUAUAGAUUUGAUCGUAGUAAUGAUGGACAAGGACCACCGUCAGAUCAGUUUGGAAACACAAAUAGCGUACCAAUAUUAAGGUAUAUAUCAUCAAUCUCAAAGUAAUGUAAAGGGCGGGCCAGAUUUACUAGAACGAACUGACUGUUAAUCACUACUGGAAACUUCUGCCUAGAGAUAGACACAACCGGUUUAAACCGAUCUACGCCGGUCCCGGUCAAGGAAAAAGACGUAAAUCGACCGGUUGACCAAGUUUUUAUCACACUCGCUAUAAUUUCUUAGGGAAGCCUUCGUUGUCUUUUGCACAGUCACCGACGUUGACAUCAUCGUCCUCCUACUCAACACAUCGUGCACUGUUCGAUGUUCUCUGACAAGAUUAUAUCUUCCAUUGAAAAUUGAACUUGAAAUUAACAAAACCACAUUGCUCUUUCAGUUUCCAAACAUUGCUUAACUACGCACAGCCCAUCUAUGCGUCAUUGGACGUCAUGCAUAAUUUUCAACGAACUCUUUCUUAAAUAUUCUUUAUUCGCUGGUAGUUUCAGGGUGCAAGAUAGGUAGAUUGUUAUCUGUAUCUUUCUCUAAGUAUGUUAUAUAACUUACUACGGUAUAUUUAUCUUCAUACUGAGGCAUAUAAAUAGAUAUCUCAGCUCAUAACUGUACGAAUUAUUGGGUUUUAACGACUUUUGCCAGACGUAUCUGGGUAUGAUCGGAAUGCGCUAUCAUUGUAUCUGGUACUCAGACUUUGACAAACGAGGAAACCGUGUUGAAAAGUUGUUUUUUCUAUUAUUAUAUGGUUUUUAAUUCCAACGAGAAUCACUUCAUCAAAUAGAGCUGCGUCGAAUGCGCAUCUUGUUUUCGUGUGCUGACACGAUUUUUUUGGGGAAAAUAUGGUUUACAAAAAAGGCUUAAUUUACGGAGAAAAUGAUUGUUUAAAAAUUCUCCUGAGAACGUGCUUAGCAUUUUAGAACUUUUUGUGCGUUAGGAAUUUUGCAGCGUUGCACAUAUGGAUUCUAAUCUGACGGUAUUAGCUCAUGCCCAGAAAACGUCUGUUCUGUUGUAAAAUGAGAUCUCCACAGGUCUGAAAGGUCACGAUGCCGUUGUUUUAAAAUAUUUUAAACGUCAUAUUCGUCACCAGGAGCUUGAGUUAUGCUAGCCCUGUUACUUUCGGACUGUUGGGAUAAAGUCGAUCUAAAUGUGGUACGCUUUCAAGAGAACAACCCAUAAAGGGUGGGCCAGAAGUUCUGACUCGAUUUGAAUAAUAAAUUUUUGUAUAGUGAAAUAACUGGUUGUAAAUUUGUCUCUAUGAAGAAAAGAUGCAGUAAAAAACGCUUUACAAAAUGACUAUUGAUUGACCCCGUU